UGAUGUGUCCAGCACGUCACGCAAAUGCCCUGCUGACGCCUCCCCCUGUGUGGUCGCUCAGUCACUCAACUCUUCUUUCUGCCGCCAGUGCCCCUCCUUCUGCUCCACCUGCUCAAAUCCUGCUGGUGCUCCUGCAGGUGGGUCCUGCCGGUCAACACCAGUAA